UAAAUCAUGAGACGUGACAAUCUUAAGAAAAUACAUUGAAUGUCUUAUCUCUCCCACCCUGCUAUUUCCUCGCACUUUCCUUCCGGCAUAUUCCUUAUUAUUUGUUUUGCUUCUCCUUAUAGCUAUAUAUGCAUUGGACAGCUCCCGAGUCCUGAGAAGUUUUACUUUCAAUACUGAAACUUCACAAAGAUUAUUAACUUCUGCAAAUUGCAAGCCUUUUGUUCUUUGAUCAACAAUGGACUCAACGCGGGUGAACACUUCUCUCGGCCUUAAUCUUGUUCCGUUUUGCCGUGCCAAUGAUCAUCGAGCUCCUGCCACUAUGCAACAAGAGUUUGAAGGGGGUUGUGCUCAACUCCAAGGCAAUGCAUUGGUGAAAGAAGAGCAGGCAGCUAGUCAUCAUGAUGUGUUGGCCGAAGAGUUGAAUAGGGUAAGUGUGGAGAACAAGAAGCUGACUGAGGUGCUAACUGCCCUCUGCGAGAAUUACAACACUUUGCAAUCCCAUGUGAGGGAAUUGAUGACCACCCAGCAGCAGCAAAACAACACAUCUGAUAUUUAUAGGAAGCGAAAGGCAGACAGUGAAGAUUACAACAACGUGAUUGGAUUAAUUAAUCCCGGGACUAAUACUGACACCAGUUCCAUCAGUGAUGAUAAAGAGUAUUCAUGCAAGAGGCUAAAGGAGAACACCAACUUAAAGAUUUCCAGGGUUUAUGUUCACACCGAUGCAUCCGAUACAGGCCUCAUUGUGAAUGAUGGAUACCAAUGGAGGAAAUAUGGUCAGAAGGUCACAAGAGAUAACCCAUGUCCUAGAGCUUACUACAAGUGCUCCUUUGCCCCAAGUUGCCCUGUUAAAAAGAAGGUGCAAAAAAGUGCUGAAAAUCCAUGCCUACUGGUGGCUACAUAUGAAGGAGAACACAACCACAUGCAUCCUGGUAAGCGAGCUGAAGUUACACUAAUAGCCCCGGUAUCUCCAAAACAGAACCAGCAGCUUAUUACUAGUCCAAUUUCCGUUUUACCAUCCGUGGCAAAGAGAUCUGCAGCUCCAACAUUUUUAUGUGACGAUAAUCGAAUAAGUCCCAAUAGUGCCAUGUACCCCCAAGAAACUCAAGCUCCGGCGUUCCAACAGUUUUUGGUACAACAAAUGGCUUCUUCCCUGACCAAAGAUCCCGAUUUCACAUCUGCUCUUGCUGCUGCCAUUUCAGGAAGAAUUUCAGACCACACUAUGGCCCGAAAAUGGUGAAAAGUUAGAACCCUAAUAAGAGUUACCUUGUUAUCACUUAGAAAGAGAAAGAGAGACUGAAUUUACAAACUAAAUGAUAUGCCACCAUUAAGUAUGAAAACGUUUAUCAACGCUUAAGUAAUAAACCAAUCAUCAACUUCCAUGUCCUUUAGUUUUCAAAAUUUAGUCUACAAAUUUAGUAGGCAUUAUCCUUUCUUUUCUUAUUUACAUUACAUAUGAUUUGAGAGUUGUAAUUAAAGUGUAGGGAUGUAAAUAAAAUUUUGAAAUCGAUGAACCAAAAUCUUCUUGUUCUUUGUUACCA